AUGCAUCAAGUAAAUCGGGCUACACCAUAUGAUCAUCUUGUGGUUAAUGGUAUUAUACCAUCCUAUGAUACUUGGUUUUGUCAUGGUGAGUCUCUAAAGGGAUCAAACAAUUCUGAAGCAAAUAAUCGCAGUCAGUCAACUCAAAGGGGCGAUGAUAUGAGAGGAAUGAUACAUGAUGCAUUUGCAGGUGUUACACAGUUCAUGGAUACUAACGUUAGUGAAUUAGGUGGCAUGGAGCAAGACUUACAAGAGAAUACUGCUCAUCCAUCUGCAAAUCAAUCGCAUCCAGAGGUGGAUAAGUUUGAACGGCUCAUGAAGGAGGAUGCGCUGCCUAAAGGAGAAAAAUUGCCUCCUUCUUUCUAUGAGACCAAAAAGAUAGUUGAAGGCUUGGGCUUAAAGUAUGAGAAAAUUCAUGCUUGUCCCAAUGAUUGCAUGCUUUUUAGGAAAGAGUUUGCUAAUAAGAAUGUCAAUAAAUGCAAUGUUUGUGGAGCUUCUAGAUGGAAAAAUGAUGCUAGAAAAAUCCCAGCCAAGGUCCUAAGGUAUUUUCCUUUAAAACCAAGGCUACAAAGACUGUUUAUGUCUUCGGAAACUUCUAAAGCAAUGCGUUGGCAUCAUGAAGAGCACAACAAAAAUGGAGUUCUACGACAUCCUGCAGAUUCUGAAGCUUGGAAAAAAUUUGAUAGUAAAUAUCCCCAAUUUGCUGGAGACCCUCGCAAUGUGCGCCUAGGACUAGCUUCUGAUGGGUUCAAUCCAUUUGGCACAAUGCGAACUGUUCAUAGUACAUGGCCAGUGAUUUUAAUGCCAUAUAAUCUUCCUCCAUGGAUGUGCAUGAAACAAGAGUUCUUCAUUCUGUCCUUACUUAUUCCUGGACCCAAAGCGCCUGGCAAUAAUAUCGAUGUAUUUUUGCAACCUCUAAUAGAAGAGUUAAAUGAAUUAUGGGAUGUUGGGGUAGAAACAUACGAUGCCUCUACUAAGGAGAUAUUUCAAAUGCGAGCAGCUCUCAUGUGGACUAUAAAUGAAUUUCCUGCAUAUGGUACUCUCUCUGGAUGGUGCACUUAUGGUCGGUUUGCAUGCCCUUCUUGUAACAUAAACACUCAAUCUAGAAGGCUGAAACAUGGCAGAAAGUUUUGUUACAUGGGGCAUCGACGCUUCUUGAAGUCGGGACACAAAUAUCGGAAUGAUGCGAAAUCAUUUGAUGGGACUAAAGAAACAAGACCUGCACCUUGUCCAGUAUCUGGGUCGGUAGUGCUGAAUCAAGUUAAAGAUAUAAAAUUUACUCUCGGCCAGUCAAGUGAAGGGGAAAAGGACUUAUUUUAUGAAGUACUACAAAAUGCCAAGUUUCCAGAUGGCUAUGCGUCUAAUAUUUCACAUUGCAUUCACAAACGAAAGUUAUCUGGGCUAAAAACUCACGAUUGUCAUGUUAUAAUGCAAGAACUUCUUCCUCUUGCCUUGCGGAGAUCAGUAGAUAAAAGAGUAAGUUCAAUUUUAAUUGAACUAUGCACAUUCUUUUGUGUUUUGUGUAGCAAAGAGCUAAACCUAGAAGAGUUAAACCUACUUGAAGAAAAAAUCCCAGAAACAUUGUCUACUAUGGAGAAACUCUUCCUCCCAGGAUUCUUUACUGUUAUGAUACACUUGGUUAUUCACUUGGCAACUGAAACUAAACAUGCAGGACCAGUACAUUAUCGCUGGAUGUAUCCAAUUGAGAGGUAUUUGGGUACUUUAAAAUUAUAUGUUCGUAAUCGUGCAUGUCCAGAAGGUUCAAUAGCGGACGCAUACAUAGCAAAUGAGUGUAUGGCAUUCUGCUCACGAUAUUUAGAGGGUGGAGAUUCAAGGUCUUAUUGUUCAAGAAAAUGGAGUGAUGAAAUUGAGCAUGAGGCUAAUAAAGAAGAAUCUCUUUUUUCUACUGUUGGGGAGUCAUACGGUGGAGUAGAUGCAUUUGAGUUGGAUGACAAAACAUGGUUGCAAGCACAUCGGCAUGUGCUUUUCAUUUGUGAAUCAGAAGUGGUUGAGAAUUAUGAAAAGGAACAUAUUGCUGAAAUCAAAAGAGCACAUCGUAAGCGUCGUUUGACACAACAUCAACUUGAUCGUGUGCAUUUCGAUACAUUUCAUAAGUGGUUCAAGGAUCAAGUAAAGGAGUUGGAAGCCACAUCUAACAUCUUAAAUGAUGUUAAAGUCCUAGCACAAGGACCAAGUUACAUUGCAAAAAGAUUCAGUGCGUUCGAUGUUAAUAAUGGGUAUCGAUUCCAAACAAAACAAAGUGAAGAGUUCAAUGUGACACAAAAUAGUGGUGUUAUGGUCGUUUCAAAGACUGAAAGUUAUGCAAGUACAAGUGAUAAUGCUCCAAAAUCUGCAAAUAUCACAUAUUAUGGCAGAUUGAAUGAUAUUGUGGAGUUAAACUACUAUGAGUUUAAGGUCAUCUUAUUUAAGUGUGAUUGGGUUGAUGUAACCAAAGGUAGAGGAAUUAAGGAAGAUGACUUGGGUUUCACACUUGUGAAUUUCACACACCUGACAGACUCUGGCGAUCAACAACGUCAUGAGCCCUUUAUUUUUGCAGAACAAGCUCAACAAGUAAUAUUUGUGCAAGAUCCUCAAGAUCAUGAAUGGUUUGUCCCUAGGUUAAUUAAACCUCGAGACAUUUUUAAUAUGGGAGAGGAAAAUAGUAUGCAGUUUGAGUCAUCAAUGCAAAGUGAUGCCACUGACAUGGCUCUUUUAGAAAAUGCUUGUGUUUUAGAAGAUGAGUAUAAUGAUUGGGUAAGAAGUGGUGUCGAUGGGAUAAUAAUUGAUAAAAACGUAGAUUCUCAACCUUCUCCAAAUGAUGGAACUAUACGAACUAGAGGUCGCAACCGACUGGUAAUUGAACAAGGCGACGAUGAAGAUGUGAGACCUUAUAUUGAGCAUUUGAUGGAUGGUCAAAACCAUUCUGCAACCCAGCCUUAUAUUGAGCAGUUGAUGGAUAAUCAGAACUCUUCUGAAGAUCAGGCACAUGAUGAUCAAUCUUGUGAUUUGAAUAGUUCUGCUGGUGGUACUGAAGUUCAACGAAGUGAUGAUGAAUCAGGUAACACUUUUCUCUGGAAUCAUUUCAAAUCUUAA